GCCGAACCAACAGGUGGCGCUUCACCGUCGACCUCCGUACACGCCUAGGAUACUAAUGUUACAUUUAUUUCGUCACUUCGGCAUAAAUCGGCAACAAGUAUUCGACAUGUACAAGACGAUAAGAAAGAAAGUGAGGAAUUUAUAGUCGGGAAUAUAUCACAAUAAUGCUAGCCUGCGUCUGUCAACCUACCGACGGCGGCAUCUUCAGCCGAUCGCCCGUGCCACUUGGCGCUCCGCCGUUGCAAUCGAACGGUGCGGUUCCUAAAAGGAGCCGCGCGUUAGAAAAGCAUUCGGUAAUCACCACCGAACCUAACCCGAAAACGAUUCAUAAACAUCAGGAAACCUACAAAAAAACCAAGCACGUCGCGAAUAGAAUAACGAAGAGGACUGGGAGGAGUGAUGCUUUUGACACGGCGUCUGUUAGCGGCGAAAGCCUUUCAUUGAGUGUUAAUAAUGAAUCGAAUGACAAAGCUUUAGAAGUUGCGAAACCGAAGGAGUUUCCCUUAGCAAAUAUUAAUUGUCUUUCUACACGAAAUAAAUCUGAAACGAAACAAGAAACGAUUGGCUGUGAAACACGAAACACCUCCAUUGAAAAAUGUAACGAUCUGCGUAAGCGAUUUACACAGUGCUCAAAGUUUUAUUGGCCUACUGUAAGUAACUCCACUACAACAUAUUGCCUCGACCUAACUUUUCAUAUUUCUCCCAAUUCGGGAUGGAAGGUUAUGAACUUUAUUAUUGCGUGA